AUUGAAUAUUAAUUUUAUUUGUGUAGACGUUCAAAAUGCGUGCCACUUUGAUUGUUUUUGCGUUGUCUGCAGCUGUUCUGAUCGGUCAAAGCGAAGCAAUGAUACCAGCGUACUCAGUCACCGCUCUCCGACUAGCCUUCGACGAAAUAUCAACCGUAUUACCCAUCGCCAACCAACUGGCAUGUCUUCUAAUACCAUUCCUAAUCAACUUGAUAAACAAUCUCAACAAUCUGUCAAAUAUAGUUCAAAAUUUGACACCUGCGUUGUUGCCAUACUUCGGAUGCACUUUACCCCUGUUGUAUGCGACGUUGACAGAUUUAGCAUCUGUCCUUUUCUUGUACAUCAGUGUUUUGAUAUCGCUGUUUCGCUCUAACGUUUUAGCUGCUCCGGGACUUUUGUUAGGGUUAGUUUCACAAGUACUCAAUUUAGUGUUGAACCUGCUCAGCGGGUUGACGGAUGGAAGUGGAUUGUUGAGCUCCCUUAUAAAAUUGAUUACAAGUAUCGUUGUCGAGUUGGAGAAGUUGUUGGUCUAAUUGUAUUUGUUUGUU